UCUGCUUUCUUAGACUGUGCAAUGGGGGAAAAUAUUAAAACUGAAUUUGUAAGUUUAUGUUUUGUCAUUUUGACAACGAAUUGCAUGAGAUGGUGGAUUUAAAUACUUGAAUCUUUGUUUUAGUGGAAGAAAUUGUGGCACUUAUUCAUUUUGUUCUAACAGGAAAUAGGUGAACAGACAUGCACCUGUAACUUCGUGCACAAUUUGCAAUACUGGCAACAUUUAAUGAUGAUUUUUCAAGCAGUGAUGUACAGAGAUGCAUUAACUACAGAGGCCCAACAAACCAGCAAGGACAAUACAUAAGAGUACAGGUGCAGGAAUAAACUUAAUGGGGCAGUGUGUAGGAUUUCAUGGCAUUUGUAGUUGCUGAAUCACAACCUCCUCGCCUCAUACUCUCCUUUCAGGCUUUCAAGGGAGAAAUUACAGUGGCUAUGAAACAUCUAGAGCCAGUGUUCAGUUUGUCUGUUCUGGGCUACUGUAGAAACAAGGUGGUUCAACAUGGCAGACUCUGUGGAAGAGGACCUGUGGUGUCUAUAGGGGUACGGUCAAAUAAUAACAAUGAUAAUAAAUAAUAAUAAUGAAAAACAACAUGAGGUCAAGGAAAGAUGUGAAGUACAAUUCAUGAGGUUACUGAUGUAAUGUCUGGUAAAACUACAAAGUUAAGAAGAUGGACUACAAAACGCACAUCUGAGAUACUUCUCCUUGUGCGCUCUUAUCGUGGACAACCCUGUGGACUUCAUUAUCGACGUCAGAAUUGAAAUAAUAAAGGAAUAUUGUCCACCUGUUUGUCCACUCAUAUAUAAACGUGUUAGCAAGUUAUGACAAAAGAUGGAUGAUGGAUGCAGGGAUGCUGGACGUCCGUCACAGUUGGAGAACGUUUUUACUCCACAGUCAACAACAGAACAGACUUCAUGAUCAAGAUUAUUAUAUCACGUCUGUCCAUAUUCACUCUCUCUCUCUGCUGUAGUCUACAUCACACUUUUUAAAUACAUUGAUGUAUUGUAUUAUUGCUGCCGCAAGGAAUUGUGGGACUGGGAUGGUGAGGUGUAACCUCUGCUGAAUGAGAUAAGAAAGGAAGCACUGAAGCUCCUCUCUUUAACGUUUAGAGAAUUCGAACAGCUCAUAUCAUGGCGGCUAUGUUAAUAUUUCCGGGUCAUUUCACUCAGUUAAGAACCUUCCUAAGCAAAAUAGACUAUUCAACCGCACCCUAGAUCUCAUCCCAGUGUGUAUAUAUGUGUAUACAUAUUAUAUUUAAUGUCCACCUUAUUCUGGAGCUCUGUAACUCUUACAAAUCUCGAUAACAAAGGAUGAGAUGAAGAUGGGGUUAGAUUCAUAUGUAGUAUGAGACUCAUUCUGUGUGUUUCGGUUACAGUGAGACACAGAAUGAGUCUAACAGCAUUUACAUUUUUCAUUGCUAUAUUUUCAGUAGUUGUUAUCGCUGCUUUUGUUUCUUGUCACUUUGAUUCCUUGGCCAGCAGACACUUCAUGGAUUUCAUUGCCAGUGAGUGCCUCUGAUAGACAGCAAGAGGGAGCAAGAGGAAAGAGAAAAGAGCUGAGAGAGAGACCACACCCACCCGGUAGGUGGAUCGUCCUCAGAGGAGGAGCGCUCUUUAUACCAGCCAUACACUUUGUAGUGUUGAGAGAGAGGGCAGACAGAGAGAGGAAGACGACGAGUAGAGUAGACAAAAGCGCAGUUUCUUCUGGAUUGUUUACCUCUUCUUGCUCCACUCGGAUAAGGUGAUGAUUCAACCGUUCCUCUCUGGGGGAAACUUCAACAAAAACUCAGGGAUUUAUUUCACUUUUUCCCUUUUUUUUUCCCUUUCCAUUUUUUUUUUUUAACUUUUAGCAGUUAAUGUUUUUCCCACUUUGGACCUGUGGAUCCUAUUUGGAUUUGCAUUUAUAUUAUUAGAUUUACAGUGUUGUUUUCGGAGUCAGCGGUGAUGUCCCGCCACUGACAUGCAUCAUCCAUCCAGACCACCAAACCGGUCCGAUGGCUCGACCGCAGUAACAGGAACACGAGGGAGCGGAGGAGAUCCAUCACCCGCUGGUGCCGUUGGAGCCUCAGCGCAAACCUCCCGUUUAGACAACGACGGCGAGCGGAGCUUUGGCCACAGCAACUCCACCGGAGGAGGAGAGCCGGACUCGCCGUCCUGGUGCAGAACCAAACCCAUCUCCCCUCUCGACAACAGCCUAGGCGUGUUUCAGACGAGGUCGAUAUUCCACCUCCCUCGCCGCGCCUCCAGUGGAUAUUUCUCCUCGGACGGCGACUCGCAGCCAAGCUCUCCGCACUCCCCGAGGCCAGCGAUGGCUGAUAGAGCCACGCAGACUCCGAGCCUCACCGGCCAGGUGAUGCAACACGCCAUACUGCGCAUGACAGAGGCGCCCGGCGGAGGACCGGGGACGCACCAGCAGUACGGACAUUCUCCCAGCCCCUCUAGCACGCGGCCACGAAACGCAGCAGGGGACAUGCAGACGGAGGCAAUCGGACGAGAGCUCCGACGCAUUGGAGAUGAUUUCAACAGACUUCUCCUCUUAAGGGGGGUGCCCAACCCAAGACGGGUUGUGAUCAAUCCGAACCCACUGCCGCACAUCCACCAGGAACCCGCCAUGCUGCUCUGCGUGGGCAUCCUGCUCCUUCUGAUUGGACGGAUAAUCUACUUGCAGGGCAAUACGGACAGCCCAGACCACUCUCAGGUUUAGCGUUUGGAAAACCCAGCAGACGUAGCAUUUUUCUUUUGAUAACAUGUUGGAUCUAUCAUACCUUGAAUCUUUUUUUUUGUUUUUGUUUAUGAGGAGCUGAGUUUUACCCUGCUUCCUCCCAUUUCCCAACCGAGGAGACUUUGGACUCCAUUCAUUUCCAUGGAUAUGAUUAGUUAAGACAUGUGAGGAGCUCUAACAUGCUUUUGUUUUUCCACUUUUGUUUUUCCUUCACGGUCUCUGAACCUUUGCAAUGCAACCAAAGAGCCGAGAUUUUGCACUCCUCUCCAGCACAGAGGCGAUCGUGUCAUCUGAAUAUGUCUCCGUGCAAAAUUACGCCUGUGGAAAUUCAAAUGUGCCUUGUACAGUUUUGUUUUCUUGUUUACUUUUUUUUUUUUUUUUAGCUUCUUUUAAGGUGUUUGUACAGAAAUUAUAAAUUCCAUGGGUGGACAACUCUGCAGACCCAGGGUUGUUAAAGUACAUGGGUCCAGCCUGCAAAAUAUUCCCCUAUCUUUUCCCCCUUAAGGUUUCAGGCAGGGAAAAAUGAUCAUGCACUCGUGUCAGGUUCAGGACCCAGCAGGUAACAGACUUUUGACCUUUGUGGGAACCGAUUUGGCCAAAGUAAUCCAACAUUUUUGUCACGCAUUCUUCCUAAACUACUGUUUAACGUUUUGUUACCAUGAAUUACACGUCUGCCUUUCUCUGCAUUGUAUGAUUGACUUAUCAAAUGCCAACACAUGAAGUGUUUCGUAGACUUCUACAACUAAAAGCCAAAUCUGGACAGAAUUCAUGUUCCUGGGAGAGGUGAGGUGGGUAACCAAAUAUUGAUUGGUUCUCAGUAUCUAAACUAAUUCUUCUGGGUAGUAAACUUUGUCAAAUUGUUGUAGUUAGGAGGAAAAACAAUAUUAACGUUAAGAUCACUCAGCUUUCCAAACAAAUGAAUCCUGUUCAAAUGCAGCUUAAUAUUGUAUUUAUAUGCGCUGAUGAUUAAGUGUUUUUUUUUCGACACCCUGGGUUACGUUUCAGCUGCUCUCCUGCUACCGUUUUGCAAAUAUGUAUUCAUUCAUUCAAUAAUUAUUAUCCCUUAAAAGGUACUUUUAAUAGAUGCACCAGUCCUGCCAUUUAAAUGACACAUUUUUUUGAAUUUCCACUAGUUUUUUUAAACAUCUAUAUUAUAGAAAUGUCCUGUCUUGGGUGUUUUAUCCAUCGUGACUACUUUAUGAUAGACAUUAUGACCUGUUAAUGUCAUAGUGAUACCUGUCCAGACAGAUUUUACUCAUUGUUCAGUUUUACAUAAAAAAUAAAACCAUUGAUAGCAGUAAGAUGAUACAAUACCAACUAUCAAGUAAUUGAUACCAGUCUUCCUCUGUACGGAUUGAAUGGUGAAGGUACAUGACUCACCAAACACCACCUGUGUACAUGGAUUCCUAAAGAAUUACAGUAAAGCAUUAAGGGGUUUCAUUUCCCUCUUUGCUCUGGUUGUAUUCAGCAUUGAAACAACGAUUUUGCACACUGAUAAUUAAAAUCAGAAGCAGAUUACUUCACUUGUCACUGCAGUAAGAUUUAAGUGCUUAUUUAAGUACCAUGCUGCCGAGUUAGUGAGUGAAUCUCAAAAGGGCAAGAUGAUGAACAAAAUUAAUACAGAAUUCAUGUCAACCAUUUAAACCAUUAAACAGUGUCAUUUCCUGUUGUCUUGUUUACUCUUCCUCUACGUGUUGUAUUUACAAACCUUACUUUGAUAUUGUUUUAAUAUUCAGUCAUUUUUCUUUAAUAACCGAUCAAACAGUGCUUGUCUUCCACCGUUCUUUGUUUCAGCCUCUGGAUUUUACUGUUAGCAGCCAGACUGUUUGUUGACAAGGUCAUAUUAUCAGUUUAUUAGCGCCGUGAUUCAGACUCGGCCAAGUCUCCUCAUGCCUGCCAGGUCAAACACUCUUACAGAGAGAUUUUUGGACUACAACCAAACACUGAAUCAUGCAGAGUCAAGAGGGUUUUGUCACUGACUAUUUAGCUAAUAGUAGUAUAUCAAACAUUGCUAAUACAGGCUUCAGAAUAAAUGCAUUUAUUCUUAUCUUUAAACACUUCAUUAAAACACAUCAAUUCUCGUAUCAGCUGCUGAUCCGAAGUACUCUUUAUCCAGAUGUACAUUAGCCAAACUGACCAGUUAAUCUUCAUCACUGAAGCCUUCUUUUCAAACCAAAGCAUACCUUUGAAAACACUUGUGAUAAAGCAGACAUUUUAUAUUUGUCUGAGUUUGUUUCGUAGCGCGGCAUGGCCUUAUACUUGCCUUUCUCGCCUGUGGUGGAAAAACACGUCACGUCAACCGCAGUUUCCUUUGUUUUUGCUCUUUGGCCUUAGGGGGCAGUAAUGAGCUCUUAUGGCUUGGCACACCAGAAUGAGGCGAAGACUCAACAGUAUUCAAAAACUUGUGUUUUUUAGACUAACUGGUUGAUUUGGCCAAUGCAUGUCUUGUUAAGGGUCCUGAAUUUUUCGGCGCAGGUUUCCCAAGCAGUGGAUGUGUCAUUCCCCAAUGCGGCUCUCCAUAAUACCGGGCUGGGUUUGCCAUGUUCUGCACAUUCAGCUACAUUGUGUUUUAUAAGUCCUUGAAUGCAGUGUGAAUGUCGACCAAAGACAUUUGUGCAAAACUCUUGUUUUCUGGGUUGUCAUGGAUGGUACAAAUGAAAUGUUACCAAAUUCUCUGCCAUACUGUAUGUUGUUUGGAUCGGUACCAAUCAGUCACAAAAUCAGCUGCAAUGAAUGCCUGCUUCACCCUGACUGGAAUAAAAAUGAAAAUGUAAUUUGUUGUUUAUACUUGACAACAUCAAUUAAAGAUCUCAAUAGGUUCAUUUUCAGGAAUCACCCUUAAUGCAUUUAAAGCUAUUUUCUUUAAUAGAAGUUCAUCUGUUUCAAACUUUACUGUUAGCAGCAUUGACAAUACUGUGUUGUUAAAUGUGUUACAUGUGUCAGAUUUGUCAUCACUGUUGAACACUGCUUCCUAUGAGGUUAACAGCAAAUCAGAGCAGCAGCAACAGACGUUUGUUCAACCAAAUUCGAGUAUCACCAGAGUCAGAAGGUGAUAGGCGGCUUAUUGGUAUCAUGGACGAAUAACUGAAGGCCUUACUGGGUACAGGCCCAGAGUUCCUGGACCAGAGCCUCUGCAUGAAGUGACUGCUAAGAUUUCUUUUUGUAGUCACUCAAACAACUACGAAAGACACAAACCAACCACAAAGAGACUCAAAUAUGCGACAAAUGGAUUUGAAACGACUACAAAGAGAUGCGAAACGACCAUAGAGUUGACGUCUUUUCCAAUAUUGGAGGGGUUGGGGGUCUUUUGCAUCUAUGUCUAGGGGCCUGUUGUCUCAAUCUGUCCAUGACUGUUGAUAAUUUAGAGUUACAAAUAGCAUAUAUUUACUGGUAUUAUCACAUAUUGCAAUAUUUCAAGUUGUUUAUUUGCCGUUCAUUUAUUACACACAUUUAAACCUUCCCCUGGGAAAAGCUUCUUUUUUAAAUCCAUUUUUAUUCAUUGGUCACUGUUAAAAGUCUAAAACUUGUGUCCACUGUCAUUUUUGUCACUCUGUUUUAAGGCUUUAAUUGCAUUUCCUCUUCAUCCUAUUGCUUUCCUGCUGGACCAGUGUAUAAAUUAACAUGAAACAUUGACAUACAGUGUCCUUUUGGAAAUGCACACAUCUCAGGCUUGUCUUCCUGUGCGCCAAAUUUGCUCACUUUGCUUUUCCUCUGCUGUGAUAUUGAGAGCGCUGUGACUGCAUGUUGAUUUCUGAUAUCGUGCCAUGUGAAACCUAAGACCUCAUUUAGAAGUACUGUAUUACACCUGGAGUGUGAGAGGAGAGCAUGGCAGGGAAGAAACUGAAACAUGAAUUAACGUCUUCUGAAACUGAUAUGGAAACCUGGUAAUGUGCUGAUUCACAGCCUGUCAUUUGUAGGUGUUACAGUACAGAAACGGCUGUGUGACAUUCAGGGCUUUUACUAACUCGCAUCAACACUGCUGGAGCCGCUGUAUUUGUUCGAACUUUUGGGAUUCAUAGAACAAGAGGAAUCAUUCAAAGUCUUUAAUCUGUUAAGAGGGAAAUUAAACAUUUAUACUCACGUUUUUAAAAAAAAAUUGUAGUUACAAAAAAGAUAAACCACAUGUAGUGUAGGGCACCCAGAGACACUGUGUUAUGUUGUGCUUAACUGCAAAUGCUGUACAGAAAUGCAUCUGUUGGAGUCUGUUCAUGCAGAAACAAAAAUAAACUAAUCUGAAUGACUCCAAGUGACCCAGUACAACUGUAGCAACAUGUUUUUUUUUUGUUUGUUUAUACUGUUAUUGUACACUGUGAUUGUACAAUAUAGUGAUAUUGUACAUAUUGUAAUUAUACUGUUUUAAUUGCAUUAAACUUUUGUAAAUAAAGCUUUUACAUCUUUUUA